AUGGCUGCUGAUGAUCGUAAGUUCGAUGAAGACCUGCAGCGAGCCAUUGAACUUAGCAAGCAGACUUACGAGGAGGAGUUGCGGAGAGGGCAGGUAAGCGCUGGAAAUGCUUCUGAACCGGACCUGAUAUGGUGGGAAGAUGAUGAAGAGGCGACAGCGCGUUAUCCCUUUGGAAAGAUCAGUCAAACCCGCCAAAAAGUGCGCAGUCAUGGCCACGCUGAUACUUCGCAGUCCGCGUAA